UACAGGCCACCGAAAGGCGUCUUCUCGCCCGAAAUUCAAAUAUUUUUGUUUAAACUUACUAAACACCGACCAGACACAGCACAGCAGCAGCAAGAUUCCCUCUCAAAACCCGAUCCCCGAUCAACUCCCACAUUGCUUUACUAUCAAUAAUUCUCCGGCGAACCGGACCGAUCGCGACCGUCCAUUUAAUUCAUUCAAUAUACGCAGGCCAAGGGGAAAAGUGGACAUGAAUGACGUGGACACCGAGCCCUUGCGUUCUCCUGAGGUUCUGGGUUACACUGAUGGCGCCAAAAGUCACCAGCGCCGGCGCAGGCCCGUCGGAAAGCGUGGAAGCCCGUCGUCUCCGCCCGGGCGGACUCAGUCUUUCAGCCGAGAUUUCGGGCACGCCGCCGCCGAGACUUAUCUUAUCACCCGGCUCAGCUUCACCCUCCUCCGAUAUCUAGGGGUAGGCUACCGGUGGAUCACUAGAUUAUUUGCUCUUGGUUGUUAUGCCAUGCUACUCAUGCCCGGAUUUCUUCAAGUGGCAUAUUAUUAUUUCUUCUCCAGCCAGGUCUGGCGAAGUGUUGUAUAUGGAGACCAACCAAGAAAUAGGUUGGAUCUAUAUCUGCCUGAAAAUAAUGAUGAACCGAAGCCAGUUGUGAUAUUUGUAACUGGUGGAGCUUGGAUUAUUGGGUACAAAGCGUGGGGUUCUCUUUUAGGACAGCAAUUGGCAGAAAGAGACAUAUUAGUGGCAUGCCUUGACUACAGAAAUUUUCCUCAGGGGACUAUUAGUGAUAUGGUAAAAGAUGUUUCUCAGGGAAUCUCAUUUGUCUGCAAUCACAUAGCUGAAUAUGGGGGUGACCCUAACAGGAUAUAUCUAAUGGGGCAAUCAGCUGGUGCACACAUUUCUGCUUGUGCUCUCGUGGAGCAAGCAAUCAAAGAAUCUGAAUCUGGGAAAGAAGAGAGUAUUUCUUGGAGUGUCUCUCAACUAAAAGCUUAUUUUGGUUUAUCUGGAGGGUACAAUUUACAUAAUUUAGUUGAGCACUUGCACAAUCGAGGCCUCUAUAGCUCUGUUUUCUUAAGCAUUAUGGAACAAUCAUUGCAACGAUUUUCUCCUGAAGUUAUGAUACAAGAUUCAAGCAUUAGAGAUGCUGUUUCUCACCUGCCUCCUAUUACUCUUUUUCAUGGAACCUCAGAUUAUUCCAUACCAUCAGAUGAAAGUAAAACUUUUGCGGAUGCUCUUCAAAGGGCAGGAGCUCAAGCAACGCUGAUUCUGUUCGAGGGAAAGACACAUACAGAUUUGUUUCUUCAAGAUCCUUUGAGAGGGGGCAAAAAUGAACUGUUUGACCAUAUAGUUGCUGAGAUACAUGCCGAUGAUAAGGAAGCUCUUGCCAAGGAUGCAAUGGCCCCUCCAAGAAGUCGCCUUGUUCCCGAGUUUUUGUUACAGCUGGCUCGCGAGAUCAGCCCCUUCUAGCCCUUACAAUCACGAAGUUUAUAAAACAAUUUAUUCGGAUACCUUUGUUACUUUUGUCCAUUUUGUGUUCUCUUUAGGAGAACAGUUCUUAUUCUUUGGGUGAUAUUUGGAACCAAAAAUCAUAGAGUAAAGUGCAUCAGUGCCUGUCGUAUUUCAAAUUAUUAAAUCUUUUUCUGAAGUAAA